AUGAAAACGAAUUUUCAAUCUGAAGAGUAUUUUCCAAGAAUUUCAAUUUCUUCUCAAUCUCCAGGAGGCUACCAAAAUCAAUAUAAAGCUGCGAUGUCUCGCUUGUACUAUUCUCCUGCAUGCAAAUUUUUUUAUUUCAUUAUGAUAAUCUUAUCAGCUACUUGUGUGAUUUGGACACUAUUCAACUUCGGAAUGUAUCCGAUUGAAGGAUGGUUUAUAGCUUUAGAAAUUAUUUUAAUUGCCUCUAUAAGCCUAGAGCUGUUUUUUAGAGCUUUCAUGCAGGGUUUUUGAAUUUUUUUAAAAGAUUAUGAAAAUGCGAUUGAUAUUUUUGUGGCAGUUGUCAGCAUUAUAGGAAUUGUUGUUGGGUUCAAACUCAAUGAUAAACUUGCUGAUAUGGAAGAAUAUUUGUCAAUGUUUAUAUUGCUGCUGAGAACUUCAACUAAUUACAUGAGACUAGCAAUUUUUGUUAAAAACAUGAGAAGCACAACAAUAAGUGAAAUAAGUUUGACUCAUAUAACAACUGAAAGAAGCCAAGAAAAAAUCGAGAUGAACAAGCCUGUAGCUAAAUAUAUUGUGAAUAGAGGCAGAAAGAAUUCAAAAGAAUUUCUAGAUCGUAAAGAAAAUCCUGAAAAUUGUUAUGAUCAGUCUUCAAUUUCAUUUGCUUAA